UCAAAGCCUUCCCAUGCUUAACCAUUUCUGCCCAGUCCCCUCCAUUUGCUCCAGAGGCAACCAUGGGGAUCCCUUGGAUGAACCCAUUCCCCCUCUUCCUGGUGGUGUUCUGGGGCUUUGGGGGUCUGGAGGCUCCUGCAGAGGCCCAGGACGUCCAUUGCUAUGAAGUCUUUGAUGAGGCCACAGGAUCCUGCCGAAGCCUACUUGGUGAUGGAGUAGCCGUGCAAGACUGCUGCCUGAAUCAUGCGUAUGCGUUCCAGGAGGGUGAAGGUGCACCCUGCCGGGCCUGCCGCUCAGCGAAGUGGAGUGAAUGGUCUGCAUGGAGUUCCUGCUCUGUUUCUUGCACAGAAGGGGUCCAGCAACGCAGACGGACCUGCUACGGACAGAACAAGGGCACUUGUCUAGAGGGCUCACGGGAGCGGGAACGGAAGUCUUGCAGCCUGAGGGACUGUUGUCCUGUGGAUGGAGGCUGGUCAGCAUGGAGUGCAUGGAGUUCUUGCUCUGUGACCUGUCUCAGAGGGUUCGAGAUCAGGCGGCGGACCUGCACCAACCCACCUCCAGUGUGUGGGGGCACCUGUCAAGGGAGCACAGAGGAAAGGCGACCCUGUGACACCCAGCAAAACUGCCCAACCCAUGGAAACUGGGGGAACUGGGGGAACUGGGAGGCCUGCCCUGCCACCUGCACCCCUGAAGGCUCAGGCCCAAAGCCCAGGCAGCAACGGCGACGUCUGUGCAACAAUCCUCCCCCUUCCACGAGCCCGCCUGGCACACCAUGCCAAGGAAGGGACCGAGACCACCAAGACUGCAUGGGACUGCCCUACUGUCCACGGGAUGGCAACUGGGGCAGCUGGACCCCUUCCAGUCCCUGCUCAGUGACCUGCGGGGUUGGCCGAGUGGUGGAGAAACGCCAGUGUAACAACCCUGAACCAAAAUACGGAGGAAGGCAUUGCCCUGGGCAAGACACUCGCAAUCACAUCUGUAACACAGGGGUGCCUUGCCCUGUGAAUGGACAGUGGGCAGAGUGGAGCUCAUGGAGCAAAUGUCAACGGCUUGGUGCAAAUUUCAAGAUCAAUUGUGAAGACAUUGAUGGAAUGCAGUCACGUACCCGGCUAUGCACUGGAAAGGCACACAGUGGCAAUCACUGUGUAGGAGAUCGGAUUGAAAUGAGAUCCUGCUAUGACGUUAACCUUUGCCUCUUGGAUGGAACCUGGACAGACUGGAGUCCUUGGAGCCUCUGUGAACCGGCGUGUGGGCCAAACCCUGUGAAAACACGCGUGAGGGAGUGCAAGCCCACCUACGACAAUUAUCCGAAGCAAGUGGAAGGACAGAAUGGAGAGAUGCACGAUGUGGGCUUUUGGGGGACACCAAUAGCGAAGUGCCAGCCCCUGGAGGGACAAAAGGUGAAGGUGGUACAGAAAGCUCCCUGCCUCAAUGUGCCACCUUGUGAAGGUUUGCCUUGAAGGGUGAAAUCAUUAACACAAGAAUAAAGAAUGUGUGGCUUUCCAAAUCUUUCUGGACUGUUUAUGAAAUCUUGCCAUUGGCUGCACUGGCUAAGGCUGGUGGGAGCUGCAGUCUAACAAUAUCUGGAGGGCUACAUACUUAUUAUCCGUACUGUUAAGAAGUGAAUGAGAUUUUACAGAUGAAGAAAGAGAUAUGAGGAAUGCCAGAUCAAAAACUGAAACAUCUUCAAGUCUGUCUUGACAGAAAGAAUGGAUCUACAUGGACAUGAGAAUCCACAUAACCAGCAAAUAUCAUUGGCUGGGGUUGAAUUAUGAGGGAAAUAUUGGGGUGCUAUGUUUUUGUUGAGAAUAGGGUGGAUGCCAGACCGAGAAGAGACAAUUUGCGGAAGGUAAUAAAAUUAAGUGAAGUCUUGUGGAAAACUUAAGAUGCACAUGGAUUAAGAAACUUAAGAAGCCUGUGUAUAACUAAAAUUCAGAUAUUUUCAUUAUAUCAAUUGCUUAUGUUUAUAUCUUGUCUGUCUUCCAA